AUGGCAGGUAUGGGAUGCAGAGUAAGAAUAUUUGCAAAGUUCGACAGGGAAAAGCAUGAUUGGGUCUUGUUGAAGGUUGAACUAAAUCACUCGCACCCGUGUUCAACUAAGAAGGCGGUGCACUACCAUGAGAAUAGGGAGUUAACAAUGCAUGCGAAGUGUAUCAUUGAGGUUAAUGAUGAGGCAGACAUUCGACCCAACAAGACCUUUCUAGCAUUAGCCAAUGAAGUUGGUGGGCCUUCGAACUUGGGCUUCUCAGAGAAGGACGUCAGGAAUUACAUUUCAUCAAGACUCCAAUCCACAAAUGGCAACGCAUAUGUCAAGGAGAUGCUGAACUACUUCAUGCGAAUGAAGGAGUUGAAUCCGAACUAUUUUUAUGCAGUGAAUAUAAAUGAGGAUAACAAGUUUACGAGUGCAGUUUGGGUGGAUGCAAGGUGUAGGGCAUCUUAUGAAUACUAUGGAGAAGUGGUCUCAUUUGAUACCACAUACAGCAUGAACCGGCAUGGAUUUCUGUUCGCUGCUUUCAUUGGUGUGAACCACCAUGGUAAGUCUACUUUGCUAGGCUGCGCUCUGCUAGGUAGUGAGGAGAUCCCGAGUUUUGAGUGGGUGUUCACACAAUGGCUGGAGUGCAUGGGAACGGCACCGAAGGGCAUCAUCACAGACCAAUGCAAGUCUAUGUUUGGUGCAAUUAAGAAGGUCCUACCCAAUACACGAUACCGGUGGUGCAUAUGGCAUAUAACAGAAAAGAUACACAACAAGCUUGAAGGUUAUUCUAGGUUCAAAGAGUUGAAUGCUGAGUUGAAUCACAUUAUAUGGAACUCUAAGUCGGUUGAUGAUUUCGAGGAUCAUUGGGCUGAGUUCAUUGAUGAGUUCAACUUACAUCACAACAGAUGGCUAUCAGAUCUGUUUGAAGACCGACACAUGUGGGUGCCUAUCUUUUUCAAGGGUCAAUUCUAG